AUGGAAGAAGACAUACAAUUCGGAUACCUAGAGACCGAUGAGUCAAAUGUGGAAAUAGAAGAAGUCCGGAUACUAGAUCAAGUUCGAGAAAUAUUCAUCGAAGGUAACAAUCGAUGGGAAUAUGACGAUUUCAUCGAACUCCAAAUUCAAGUGUGGCUUUCCGACAAAAAUACAACGCCCCAAAAUAUAUUCAACUUAGCAGAAAAGCGACAAGAUCAAAGUAAAUACUGGACAUUGCUGGCAUUCUUUAAUGUGUGUGGAUUUGGAACACAAUACAAUAACGACAACGCAUUUCAAUGGUACAAAAAAGCUGCCGAAAUUGGCGACUCAUUAGGUCAACAGGAAGUCGGAAUCUUUUUUCAACAAGGAAUUGGCACCGAACAGAAUCUGGAAGAAGCAAUCAAAUGGUUCUCGAAAGCUGCGGAUGCCGGAAUGGCGAUUGCUUCGUAUCAUCUCGCUCGUAAAUAUUUACGAGGAGAUGGUGUCGAGAUGGAUAAAUCGCGCGCAAUGGACUUUUAUGAAAAGUCCGCCGAGGCUGGAUUUGAUGAAGCUUAUGCGGCUAUCGGAUGGAUUCAUUUUAAUGGAGAUGGUGUUCCGCAGGAUCAACGUAUCGCACUACAUCAGUUCCAGAUGCUGGAGGAAAUGGGAUCGAUAGGUGGUACGACGACUGUCGCAUUUUUCCAUUAUCAUGGGUUUGGUACGAAUACUGAUAAACAUGAGGCUGUAAAGGCUUAUUUACGGUGUAUGAGAUCUGGUUUAUUUGAUUAUUCUAGGCAUUAUGAACAUAUUGAAGAAAUUUUUGACAGGAAUCAAAUUUUGAGGCAUUUUUAG